GGGCGGUGGCCGCCGCGUGAGGAGCGCCCGCAAAGUGGGGGCGCCGCUCGCCCGGGCUGAGGGGGUGCCGCGCGGUGGGCCUUCUCUCUGCUUUAGGGGCCAGUCCCUGAAAGUGUGCUGUGCGCAGGCCUCCAACAUCACUUACGCCCUGCAGUUUAGGCAAUAAAGAGAACAUGAGCAUAGCCGAGAUUCGACAUUAUUGCCAUUUCCUGGGCACCUGAUUCUCCUUCAAAGUUCUCCAUCACAACUGUUCUCUUCGCGGCAUGGAUGGGGAGGAAGAUGACUUAUCUCUGCUCACUGCACUGCUGGAGGAGAAUGAGUCUGCCUUGGAUUGUAAUCCAGAAGAAAGUCACCCCUUGACCCAGGAGAAUCGUGAACCCGACGCCUAUGAUGAGCUCUUUGAUGCGGAUGACGAUGGUGAAUCUUACUCGGAGGAGGCCGCUGAUGGAGAACUGGGAGAGACUGCAGUGCAAAAGGAAAAUUUGGCCACUCUCUUUGGAGAUAUGGGGGACUUAACAGAUGAAGAAGAAAUUCCCACACGGCAGUCACCUGAAAAUAGAGUCCCCUCCGCUCCUGCUCCCAGUCAGGGGAAAACUAAUCAAGAGUUGCAAGAUGAACUAAGGAAGUUGCAAGAGCAGAUGAAAUGUUUGCAAAAACAACUAGAAAUAGCAACAAUUAAACAGCCUACAAGUCCACCCCUUCCACCUAAAUCUGUAGAUAAGUCAUCACGUCCACCUCUUAAAGAGAAGAAAGUUCAGAGAAUUCUGGAGUCAACGUGCUUUUCUACAGAGCUUGAUGUCCCUCCUCUCCCAAAAACCAAGCGAGUGGCUCGGACACCAAAGGUUUCACCUGCAGAGCCCAAAAGCUCCUCUUCAAGAAUGACAAGUACACCCCCUCAACCACUCCGAACUACUCCUGGAAACAAACCUAGUGGGAUGGCCAGAGGUCAAAAUGCAGGGACUCCUACGAGUUCUGGGGAACCGGCUCAGACAGUAGUCUCCGUGGAAGCCUUCUCAGGCCUGAGGCUCAGGCGGCCUCGAGUGUCCUCCACAGAGAUGAGCAAGAAAAUGAUUGGCCGAAAACUGAUCAGACUGUCUCAGCUCAAGGAAAAGAUGGCAAGUGAGAAGCUAGAAGAAAUAGACUGGGUGACUUUUGGGGUUAUAUUGAAGAAAAUCACUCCGCAGAGUUGUAAUAGUGGGAAAACAUUUAGUAUCUGGCGACUGAAUGAUCUCCGUGACCUGACACGGUAUGUGUCGUUGUUCUUAUUUGGAGAAGUUCACAAAGAACUCUGGAAGACUGAACAGGGUACUGUCAUAGGUCUGCUCAAUGCUAACCCCAUGAAGCCCAAGGAUGGUUCAGAUGAGGUGUGCUUGUCUGUUGAUCAUCCUCAGAAGAUCUUAAUCAUGGGUGAGGCUCUUGACCUAGGAACCUGUAAAGCAAAGAAGAAGAACGGACAGCCGUGUACACAGACUGUUAAUUUGAACGACUGUGAGUACUGUCAAUAUCACAUCCAGGCUCAAUACAAGAAGCUCAGUGCCAGGCGAGCUGACCUGCAGUCCACCUUCUCCGGAGGACGAAUUCCAAAGAAGUUUGCCCGCAAAGGCAGCAGUCUAAAAGAACGGCUAUGUCAGGAUGGUUUUUACUAUGGAGGGGUUUCUUCUGCAUCGUACGCGGCCUCAAUUGCGGCUGCUGUUGCUCCUAAAAAGAAGAUUCAAACCACUCUGACUAAUCUGGUGGUUAAGGGGACAGACUCGAUCAUUCAGGAAACCCAACAAAAACUUGGAAUACCCCAGAAGAGCUUGUCUUGCUCUGAGGAAUUCAAGGAACUGAUGGACUUGCCUACAUUUGGAGCCAGAAACUUAAAACAACAUUUAGCCAAAGCCAGGUUACCAGGGAUAACAGGAAGCCCGAAACCUGCUUUCCAGUCUGUCUCAGCAUCAGCCCUCUUAAAGCAGCAGAAGCAGCACAUGCUGGAGAUGAGGAAGAAGAGGUCAGAAGAAAUACAAAAACGAUUUCUCCAAAGCUCAAGUGGGAUCAAGAGCCCAGCUGUGACACCCUCUUCUCAACGGGUCCCUUCCCAGUCUCUGCAAACAGCGGCUGUGUUGCCCAGCCUGGAAGGAGCACCAGCCACACAGAUGCCCAAGCUGGGGCGAGGCAUCUCAGAAGGAGAUGAUGUUCUCUUUUUUGAUGAGUCACCACCACCAAGACCAAAACUGAGUGCUUUAGCAGAAGCCAAAAAGUUAGCUGCUAUAACCAAAUUAAGAGCAAAAGGCCAGAUUCUGACAAAAACAGACCCAAACAGCAUUAAAAGGAAGCAAAAGGACCCCCAGGAUGUCCUGGGAGUGAAGGACCGUGUAGAAAAGAACCACAACUUUUCUCCUGAAGCUGAAGAUGAGUUGGAGCCUGCCAGGAAAAAAAGGAGAGAACAACUUACCUACCUGGAAUCUGAAGAAUUUCAGAAAAUUCUAAAAGCAAAAUCAAAGCACACAGGAAUACUCAAAGAGGCUGAGGCUGAGCUGCAAGAACGCUAUUUUGAGCCAUUGGUGAAAAAAGAACAAAUGGAAGAAAAGAUGAGAAGCAUCAGAGAAGUGAAAUGUCGAGUAGUGACAUGCAAGACGUGCGCCUAUACCCACUUCAAGCCUUUGGAGACCUGCAUCAGUGAGCAGCACGACUACCACUGGCAUGACGGCAUAAAGAGGUUUUUCAAGUGUCCCUGUGGAAACAGAAGCAUCUCCCUCGAUAGGCUCCCCAAAAAGCACUGCAGUAACUGUGGCCUCUUCAAGUGGGAACGAGAUGGAAUGCUGAAGGAAAAAACAGGCCCAAAGAUAGGAGGAGAAACCCUAUUACCAAGAGGAGAAGAACAUGCCAAAUUUCUGAAUAGCCUUAAAUAGCCCUGACUUCAAACAGGUACCCACGACCUACAUUGUUUCUUACAGCUCUGGAAAAGCAAGGGUAUUGGCUCCAUAUUGCUCAUUUUCCUGAUUCACACAGUCCAAACAAGUACUUGUUAAACCUACAUGUUUUCCAUACUUAAAUUUGGUAUCAAAGCAACAAAACAGAAAAUAACAAUGAUCUUUAAGUGAUGAAUCAAAUUACUGUUUUCUCCCGUGUUCUUGCUACUGAUGGCUGCAUUUGUGCAGAUUUUUUGCUCAGAAACUGAAAGGUAAAUUGAGAGCUGUGUUGCUGUAUGUCUUGGGUUAUAUAAUGUGUAGCGUUGCUUCUUGAUCAGAGUAAAGUUCUCGUAUUUAUAUGGGCACACAAAAGUAAAAGAAUUAAUUUAGCUCACCCUGGAUAGAUUGUGUAACUUCUAGGCUUCUGUUUUCUUACCUAGAAAAUGAGGAGGCUUGGAGUAAAUGAUGUUGAAGUGUACUUUUCAGCACUCAAAUUCUGCAAAUAAUACAACUUUUCCCAUAUGGAUAAUUAUAUUCAUCAACCUUGAUAUAAUCUUGAUAUAUUGACAUCAAAGCCAGGUUCCUUCUCUCAAUUCCAUUCUUACCUUACUUUUGCUUUUCAAAUAUAAUAAUUCACUGCCUCAUGUGGCAUUUAAUUCAUAUUUAUAUGGUUUGUGCCUUUACAAUAUUGUGGAGCUCUUUAAUAGAAACACCUAAACUCUCAUCAUUUUAAAGUACACAGCUUUGUUUAAAUGUGGCUUAAAGAAACUUCAAAACCUCUAACCAAAAUGAAUGCAGAGUUUAAGAAGGUGUGAACAAUGAUUGAAAAACAAAAACAGGGCACCUGGGUGGCUCAGUGAUUGAGUGUCUUCUGCCUUUGGCUCAGGUCAUGAUCCCGGGGUCCUGGAAUCAAGUCCUGCAUCAGUCUCCCUGCAGGGAGCCUGCUUCUCCCUCUGCCUAUGUCUCUGCUUCUCUAUGUCACUUAUGAAUAAUAAAUAAAAUCUUGAAAAAAAGAAAAACAGAAACAUCUCUGAAAGACAGGGAGUUUGAGAUUUGCAGAUAUAUUUUAUCAUACACAUCAAGAAUUAUAAGGUCAAACCUUGUUCAAAGUAGCACCCAAAAAAAAUGCUGUUUAGGAGAUUCCUACACCUGGGCAACCUGCUUUUCCAAGUGAAUGCUGAUACCAUCCAAAGAUCGAGUAAAUUGGUAAGAUUAUUAUAUUGGGAUUUUAAAUUCUAUCUAGAAAUAGAUCAGGUUUCCCCCAUGAUGGUAUUAUGGUAGGGCAUAAUGCUUACAGGAGCUCAUUGUGGGAAAUGUUUGUAGAUUUUCAAGAGCCAGAAAACAUUAUACAUGCCUUAGAUUUCAUCAAAUUCUGCUCAAUAGGAGUAGAAGGUGCUGUGUCUGACCCUUUGCAUUCCUCCUAGGGUUAUAUUGUAAAAGGUAUAUUUUUAGGAGUAUUUCACUUCCCAGGAGCUGUUUGUUUUAAUUUUUAACUAAUGAAGAAAAGAAUAAAGUGUUUGAUUCUUUUUUUUU